AAUCAAAAGAUUGGUAACAUCAUCUCGGUAUGGUCGUCACAUGACAACAACGGGUGUCCGUUUUGCCGAUUCGUCUGCAGAAAGAAAAAUUUGGAGGAUUGGGAGGUAGUUCUAGAGCCAGUAAGGUGAACUUACCCAAAUCCUUCUGGAGGAUUUGUGAUAUUUGCUUGUCGCAGCAAGGAUCUAUUUGUCAGACGCAGCCUAAAUAUUCAAAGGCACCAUGAGAUACUUAUUGGGUUACACCUUUGGGACCAUCUCCUCCGCGACUAUCACCGUCUUGGUCUUGUACCAUAUCUUGACUGGUAAGGGAGAACGUAUCAGUUUUGCAUGGUUUUUGGAAAACACUACUCCAUACAUGUGGGCCAGUGUUGGCAUUGGUCUAGCAGUUGCACUCUCUAUUGUUGGUGCUGCUCUUGGCAUUCAUACUACCGGUGUUUCCAUUAUCGGAGGUGGUGUAAAGGCACCACGUAUUAAAACGAAAAAUUUGAUUUCCAUUAUUUUCUGCGAAGCUGUAGCUAUUUAUGGUUUAAUUACUGCCAUUGUACUCUGUGGAAUGCUUGACCAAUUCAAUUAUGCAGACGUCAAUUCGUCUGUGUCUCUAAAAAACCAGAACUGGUUUGCUGGUUAUUUGAUGUUCGGAUCUGGUCUUGCUGUUGGGCUUGUCAAUCUGUCCUGUGGUAUAGCUGUUGGAAUUGUGGGUUCUGGAGCUGCUCUCGCUGAUGCAGCAAAUUCAGCACUCUUCGUUAAGAUCCUCAUCGUGGAAAUUUUCGGAUCUGCGAUCGGUCUCUUUGGACUGAUCGUUGGCAUUUAUAUGUCUGCCAAGAUUAAAAUGGGAAACAAAGUCUAAUUUGAUGUAUCAAAAGACCAAAUAAAGUCAACAAAAAAAGAGAGUUCAUAGCGAAAGAAGCAUUCACCAUCAAAAGAAGAAAGAGCUCUGACAGGAAACAGUGACAUAAUCAUUCAUUCCACCGCUGUGAAACUCAAUGCAAAAAUAUAUUUGUUCAAUGUUAAAGCGAUUUAUUAAACACGGUUUUAUAUAUAAGAUAGAUGUUAAAUCUCUUUUAGCGUGAGAAUUUCUAGUUACUUUUCCACUACUUCGACUUGGACUUGAUGUCGUAGACCUCGACAUUUAUUCAAAUGUAGAUGUGAACAAAAAGUUGGACAACUUAGGAAGAAAAUAUUUUCGACAUCGCUCGAUAUCAAAAUAUGCUCCCAUUUUUUUAUCGACCAAUGCGAACUGAUAUUUAUGAGUGAUCCUCAAACUGUAUUCGUCGUUCCAUAUCGCCUGUUGUAAAUAUUCUCUGGCGUUGCUGUAUUAACAAACAGACCAUGUAACAAAUAUCAGAUUAAUUGUACAUUAAACAUUAAUUUACCUAAUGUAAUUAUAUUUAUUCACGACUGAGCUAUAAUAGCCACUUUAUUCCCUGAAAAGCAGGAAUAAAGUAGCAUUUUAUUCCCGCAUAUUUGGUUUUCCCGCAAAUUUACUUUAUUCCCGCAUUUUGCGGGAAUAAUGAACUUUAUUCCCGCAAAAUUUUGAAUUUUUUUUUUAAUUUUGAAAGUUUUGAAAAGGUGAAAAAUUUAAACAUUUUGAAUUUUUUGAAUAUUUGGAAAAACGUAUAUUUCCAUCAUAAUGACGGUGGCUGAGUAAGUCCCACUUUUCAGGGAAUAAAGUGGCUAUUAUAGCUCAGACGUGAAUAAAGCACUAUAUGUAACACGAGAGUAAAUUCGGUUAUUCCCUCGGGUGGUUUACUGCCCUCGCUUCGCUCGCGCACUAAACUCUCACCCGCGGGAAUAAUCAACGACUUUACUCCCUUGUUGCAUAAUGUACUCUUGUUUUCUUUUUUUGGUGCCGGACGCUUUAGUAUAGCCUAGCCUCUAAGAGUCGUAGGAAAGUAUUAUAUCUUUGUAAUUAUUGUAGAUGUACACCGCAGUGUAAAUAUGUCGUACAAUAGUGGGAAGUCGUUACGAAUAAACUGAAUUGCUCGACGA